AUGCCGGGAAGCGGGACAGUUUUAACAGAAAAUGAUUUAUGCACGGUCACAGGCUUUGGACGUGUUACACAAAAUGGCGUGAAAUCUGCGAGACUCUUACAGGCUAAUGUGAAGAUAGUAAAUUUCAAUACGUGUGUGAAGGUAAUGUUCUAAUCCUUACCACUGCAUAUUUGGUUUAUACUAAAGGUCCUAAAAUGUUGAUUGAAAAAUGUUACUAGCUUGAAAAUACGAUGGUCUUCCGUUUUUUCUCCAUGUUUUUGAAGUAGUAAAACACGCGCAGAAGUGUUAUUAAAUAUUAAUUAAUUAUUGAGUGUUAGUGAGCUUAUAAGAUACAACAAAUCUACGACGCGGACGUGAUAUAAAAACCGUUGCUAAUGUUUGGAAUCCAGUUUUAUUUUGCUUCACUUGUGUCUCUGACUUUGUUUACCAACUGGAGGCCAUCAUUUUUAUCCGUGAAGUGAAACUGUUGGAAUAGUUACAGUUUUACUUCACUUUCAUUAGAAAAGAAUGCGUGAAUGAAGAUUACGGUCGAACAUGCGUUUGGGCGGAUAUCGACACCAAAUAUUCGAUGUAAUCUUGGUGUAUGCCAGUGUAGGUAUAGUGCCUAUAAUAACAAAAUUUCGUUUGUAGGAGUAUUGGAAAAAUACGAUACCUAGGUCCAGAACAAGUAGUAUCGACAUUGCGUUUUGGUCAAGCACACACUGCAGACAAGUACGAAAUGUAGUGAAAGUUUAGUUACUGUAGUUCUUAUACUACCGAUGAUUAGAGAUUUGCCACAUUUGACUAAAUGAUAUUUUGUCAGUUACAGGAAAAGUGCAUUCUGUUCUAUCGCUUAUUGUUAUAUGCUUACAUUGCAGAAAUAUCGGUAUUGAUAUCGAAAUGGGAAAAAAAUGCAAAUAUCGAACCGGUAAUCCAUCGACUAAAAAAGUGGAUAUCGCAUAUCACUAAAGAUAACAUCAUGACUGUAGAGUUUGCCAAAAUAUGAUACAGUUAUCUCCAAUUUUUCUAACAUUUUAUGUCAUUUUGUAGACGUACGCAAGCUUGCUGAAUCCCAGAAACGUCACGAGUAACAUGUUUUGUGCCGGAUAUAAGAAAGGAGGUACGGACGCAUGUCAAGGAGAUAGUGGUGGUCCGCUCACGUGUUUUGAUCGCAGCAACUCCAGGUUUAUCCUUGGUGGAUUGGUGUCUUGGGGCAUAGGUUGCGCACAACCAGAUCGUUAUGGAGUAUACACCAACACAGCAUUGUUUACCCCAUGGGUGCAGAAGAAACUUACUGCUUUUGGAUAUUAG